AUGCUUAGAAAUUUUCAAAUGAUUUCUAAAACAUUUUUAGAAAAGGUAAAGUUUCCUCGUAGCAAAAUUCCGUCAAAUAUUUUGUCUCAUUCAGUUUUAUCAAAUCAUUCGCAUGUCUUUAAACCUUUAUCAUCAGAGAAUUCUACCAGAUACUGUUUGAUAUUAAAGAAAUUGAAAAAGGAAUUAUGGAUUGAAUCUCAUUUAGCAUUUCAACAUAUUGUAGCAGACGAUAAAUCCGCAGCCGGAACAUGGUGGUUGGAUAGUGCGAGGCAACCUGAUCCAGUCAAUAGAUUUUCAUUUAUGGGAUCAACACCAGCACUUUCCAAUUCAUUUUCAAUAUCUUAUUCAACCCUUGGGAAAAAACUUUUAAUCACAUGCUCAAAUGGAUCUGUAAUUGAUAAAAAGUUGGCAGAUCAUCAAACAUUUUGGGAUUGGAUGUCAAAUACUAUAAAUUAUUUUAAUCAACAUAUGGAUAGUUUAAGGAUAUUGCAUGAUGAUGGGACCUUACAUGAUGUUAAAGAACGAAAAAUCCCCUUUGAUUUUAGAUUGGGAAUGGUUGGCUAUUUUGGUUAUGAGAUGAAAAGGGAAUCAUUAUCAGGUUAUACAAUUCCAACAAAUCAACAUCUUUCUCAAUCUUCUAAUAUACCAGAUUCUGCAUUCAUCUUUACAACUCAGGCGAUCAUAUUUGAUCAUUUAGAAAGAGAGAUAUGGUUAUCAGGAUUAGUUCGACUUGAAGAAAACAAAAGUCCUAAGAAAUUUGAUUUUGUAGAAAAUGAGUUGGGAAUGUGUCCAGGACUUUUGUUGGAUGCUUAUAAAUCGUGGGUUACCUCUAUAGAGAAGCAAUUAUGUAGUAUCAAUAGUUUCAUGUCUAAAUCUAAUCAAAUUCCACUUAAGAACAAUAAUCGGAAUGAGAAAUUAUCCUCUUCAAUUCCAAACAUCCCUUUUACACCCGAUAUGAAACGAGAUGCUUACGUAAAAGCAAUCGAAAAAGCACGUUCAUAUAUAUAUAAAGGACAAAGUUAUGAAUUAUGCUUAACUACACAAUUUAGAACCAAUUUUCCGAAAAAAUUAGAUUAUGAUUUGGUUGAACUUUAUAAACGCAUUAGAUCAUUCAAUCCAGCACCCUUUUCCGCUUUAUUAUAUUUUUCAACUGAAGACAUAUGUAUAUUAAGUUCGUCACCUGAGAAAUUUGUACACAUUGAUAACGAAGGAAUUAUGGAAAUGAAACCUAUUAAGGGAACCGUUGCAAGGGCAAAGGGAUGUUUUUGUUUAAACGUUGAAGAAUGCGAUCAAGGAACUUCAUGUGAAGCAGGGCGAAAGAAGGAAGACAUGAAAAGAAUGAGUCGUCUUAAAGAUGAUGUUAAAGAACGUUCAGAAAAUUUAAUGAUUGUGGAUUUGAUUCGUAAUGAUUUAAUACAAUUAUGUCAACCUAAUACAGUACAGGUUCCAUACUUAAUGAAAGUUGAGUCAUAUGAGACUGUACAUCAGCUCGUAACUACGGUUAGAGGACAGCUAAGGGAAGGUUUAGAUUGUGUUAAGGCUAUACAAGGAUGUUUUCCCCCGGGCUCGAUGACAGGUGCACCUAAAUUGAGAGCCGUUCAGUUAUUAGAUGAAUUAGAACAACACAACACAAGAGGUGUUUAUUCCGGAUGUUUAGGUUAUAUUUCUUUGCAAGAUGGAAGUGGAAAGAGGAGAGGUACUUCUCACUUCAGUGUUGUUAUUAGAACAGCCAUUGUUUGUGGUGAAACAGGUGAAAUAUCAGUUGGGGCAGGUGGAGCUAUUGUUUACCUUUCAAAUGCUGAAUCUGAAUGGGACGAAGUUGUAUUAAAAUCCCAAUCUGUCAUUCCUAGCGGUAAUGUCUGGAGAUCAAAUGAUGCGGGCGUUAAGUGGGAUCCGAUUAACGAUAUUCCAAAGAAUAGCGCUACCGCUUUAUAUGAACAUCCUUUCGAUAAUAAUAAGGCUUAUGUUCUUACACGUUACCUUAAACAUUAUAAAACAUCUGAUAAAGGGGCUAAUUGGCAGGAAUUUACAACAGAAAUCCAACCAGCAAGAAAUGAUAGGGCUUUGUCCUUUCAUGCUCAUAGAGACGGUAACAUAUUAUUUAAAGGAAGUAAAUGUGUUGCUAUGUUUGAAUGCAUAGAUGUGACUUAUUACACUACAGACGGAUUUGAUACUUCACCAAAAUUACUUCAUGAAAAUAUUAAUAAUUGUAUAUGGGCUCAUUCUAAUGGGGAUUUUGAUGAGACGCCCGAGCAAACAAUUUACUGUAUUUAUUAUCAAGGGACUGGAUCAUUGAGAAAACCAAGUGAUUACCGUUUAACCCAAUCUGAAGAUUUUUUUGAAAACUGGGAAUAUGUUAAUUUUAAUUCUGAUGGUGAUGUCAGUGGCGUCAUAGGUCUUGGAACAAUUAAAAAAUAUUUGGUUGCAGCUGUAAAAGAUAUCAAUUCUUUAGAUAUGAAAAUGUAUGUAUCCACAGAUGGGCUAAAAUGGACUAGAGCACUUUUCCCAAAUAAUGAAGGACCAACUCAUAAACAUGCAGAAGAAAAUGCAUAUACUAUACUAGAAUCGUCUACAAGUCAUUUGGUAGUUGAUCUACUUUCAUCAGAUUCUCAUAAUACAGGAAACUUGUUUUUCUCAAAUUCUGAUGGAACUUCUUUUGUCAAUCGUUUGAAAUAUACAAAUCGAAACAACAAAGGUUUUGUGGAUUUUGAAGCUGUUCAAGGUGUUGGUGGAAUUUUACUCGCAAAUAUUGUGAGUAAUCAUCAAGAUGUCGACAAAGGAAGUGCCAUAGCGAAAAAAAUACAGUCAAUGAUUUCUUUUGAUGACGGUUCUUCAUGGAAUUUUAUUAAACCUCCAGAAAAAAGUUUAGACGGUAUCGAUUUCCAAUGUGAUAGUAAGAAAGACUGGCAAAAUGGAAGAUGUUCGUUACAUUUACAUUCAAUUACAACCGCUCGUAAUAUUGGUCAUAUUUAUUCAGCUGGUGCAGCGCCAGGUGUUCUAAUGGGAGUUGGAAAUGUAGGAUCAUAUCUCCUUCCUUAUGGGCUUUGUGAUACCUUUCUUUCUUAUGAUGGAGGAUUGACGUGGAGAGUCGUCAGACUCGGUGCUCAUUUGUAUGAAUUUGGUGAUUCCGGAUCUAUUAUAGUUAUCGUUGAUAAUGAACAGCCAACAGAUCGUAUUUUGUAUAGUUAUGAUCGUGGUGAAAAUUGGAACGAACAUCUUUUAAAGGAUAAGAUUCGUGCAAGAUUUCUUACAACGGAUCCCGAUUCGACAACAAAGAAAUUCCUCCUUUUUGGUUCAAUUAUAUCGGAUCAUGAUAGUAAUAAUCUAUACUACAUGUUCUACUUAGAUUUCUCGAAUUUAUUUGAUAGAAAUUGCAAUGAUAACGAUUUCGAAAAUUGGGUCGCGAGAAAUUUGGACACUGGCCCUGAUUGUUUAAUGGGUAAAAGGUCAUCUUAUCGUCGUCGUAAAAAAGAUGCCAAUUGUUUCGUUUCGAAUGAAUUCGAAAAACCUGUUCCAAAUGAAGAUUUAUGUCCCUGUACAGAAGAAGAUUUUGAAUGUGAUUUCAACUACAGUCUUGAUGAAGAAACCAACAAAUGUACACUUUCGGGAACUGAACGUAUUCCUAAAGGAGAAUGUAAAGAUGGCCAAGAAAAAUAUUUGGGAUCUUCAGGCUAUCGUAAAAUUCCAGGAAACAUGUGUGACCCUGAGAAACCAGGAUCAAUAGAUCGUGCUACCCCAACUGAAAAAUCAUGUUCAGAAGGUCAGUCAGAUGGUGAAGUUUCACAUAAAACUCUUGAAGAAGAUUUCGAUUUUUAUUUCUUUUUCAAUAAUUCUCAAGUGUUAUUUGCCAAGACAACUGAUGGCAAAAUUAAAAGAAGUAAUGAUGGUGGUACUAAUUGGUCAAAUGUCCUUGAUGAUGCCGGUAUUAUUACGCAUAUGUUCUUACAUGAUCACGACGAAAAUCGGGCGUAUUUUUUCUCCGAUCAAAAUGUUAUGUGGUAUACUACAGAUCGCGGAGAAACUUUUGACAAAACUAAACUUCUUUCUGAGCCCAACAAACUUAAUCUUCCAUUACUUGAUUUCCAUCCAAAGAACCCCGAUUGGUUACUAUUUAUGGCUAGUACUUCAUGCCCUAGAUGUCAUUCAAUAACCUAUUUCUCUAAAGAUAAUGGAAAAACAUGGGAUGAAAUUGAAACUUGGGCACAAAAAUGUAUUUUUGGAGAAGAUACAAAUUUUCCAAUAGAUGAUAAUACAAUUUUUUGUUCUUCUUACAAAAAUAAACAGUCAAAAACCACACAAGAUGAAUUAGGUGGUAGAUCUUCAGUUACAAAUCCUUUACAACUUGUCAAGUUGAAAACUGAUGGUAGUGCAAAGGUGGUUUUAUUAACUGACAAUGUCGUUGAAUUUUUCAUCUUUAAUGAAUUUAUGGCUGUUGCUACGGAAGAACUUGGGCAAUUGACUCUACGUAUUUCAAAGGAUGGAGAUACUUUCAAUGAAGCGAUUUUCCCACCAGAUAUAGGUGUAGAUAAACAAGCAUAUACUAUUCUUCAAUCAACUACCGGAUCUGUGUUCCUUGAUGCAUACAAAUCUAUAAUUUAUGGAUCCGAGUAUGGUUCCUUGUUUAAAUCUAACUCAAAAGGAACGGCCUUCGAUAAAAUCCUUGAUAACACCAACCGCAAUAAUAGAGGAAAUGUGGAUUUCGAAAAAGUUCAAGGAUUAGAUGGAAUUAUUCUCGCUAAUAUAGUUGAUAAUGUUAAUGAACUUGGUGGUGGCUCCAAGAAAAUAAUAAAGACAUUGAUUAGUUAUGAUGAUGGUUCUCACUGGAAACCUUUGAAACAUAAUGGGGAUCGUCUUCAUUUACAUAGUCGUACUGAUAUUCUUGGACCAGGUAGUGUAUAUAGUGCCUCACCUGCGAUCGGCCUUUUGAUUGGAGUUGGCAAUGUUGGAGAUCACCUUUUGCCAUACACCGAAUGUAACACGUUUAUGAGUCGCGACGGUGGUAGAAAUUGGAAAGAAAUACGACGUGGAGAAAGUUUACAUGCAUAUGGUGACCGAGGAACAAUUAUUGUUGUGGUAGAUGAUGAAGCUCCCACAGAUCACGUAUUGUAUAGUUGGAAUUACGGGAAAGAUUGGAACAAAUAUAUAUUCUCAUCAACUCCUGUCCGAGUUAAAUUUCUUACAAAUUCAAAUUCCAAUGGUAUGAAAUUCUUGUUACUUGGAUACACUGUACCAGCCAAUAAAGUUCGACCAGUUACUGUUACCAUUGACAUUACACAAUUGAAAAAAAGAAAAUGCGUAUUGGAUAAAGAUGAUGAUGCUAAAAACGAUUUUGAAUUAUGGAAUCCAAUGGAUCAAGAAAGUGAUGAUCAUAAGUGUCUUUUGGGCGAAGAGAUAAAAUAUUGGCGACGUAAAGCUAAUAGAGAAUGUCAUAUCGGAGAUAUGAAAGAUGAUCUAAUAACAGUACAGAAAAAUUGUGAAUGCACCAAACACGAUUUUGAGUGUGAUAUUGGUUUUUGGCGAGACGAAAACCGAAAAUGUACGUUGAAAGGACCUGAUCCAGAACGCCCACCUAAUUGCCCUGAGGAUGGGACAUACACAGGACGCUCAGGUUAUGUUAAGAUGGAAAAAUCAAAAUGUAAAGGAGGUAAAAACCUUGGUGAAAAGAUUGAAAGAAACUGUAAAUCAGAAAACUCUGGUAUUAUUUCUCAAACGAAAGUAUUUGAAAGUCGAAUUGCCAAAUACUUUUAUUCCAAUGAAUCCACCGCCAUUUUGGCACGAACAAUGGAUCACACGAUAUGGAGAAGUAUUGAUGAAGGUUAUUCAUGGAACACAAUCGUUAUGCCUGAUGUUGAUGCUAAAGUAAUUGCUUUGGUUCAAAAUUCUUAUUUCAGCAAUUAUGUUUAUUUUAUUACAUCUGGAAAAAAACAUUAUUAUACUGAUGAUUUUGGGAAUACUAUCAAAAGUCUUGUUGUCAAAGCUGAGCCCAAUGGGUAUCUUGCUCCGACAAUUCUUGAUUUCCAUCCUAGUGAGCCGGGAUAUUUGAUUUACACGGUCGGUAAGAAUUGUGAAACCUUAUACUCUCCAAAUUGUCAUACUGAGGCAUAUUAUACUCGGGAUUUCGGUGAAAAUUGGGAUACACUCGAUACAUAUGUUGGAACAUGUUCAUGGGCUCGUGAUAAGAACUUCAACGUAUCCCCAAAUCUUAUUUUUUGCGAGUCGUAUCGUGAUAAAGAAGGAUCUCAAUUAUCAUUUUUCAACAAUCCACUUCAAUUUGUAUCUUCAACGGACUUUUUCAAAAAUAAAAGGCUCCAUUAUCAAAAUAUUGUUGGAUUCGCCGUUUUUGAAGAAUUUAUGGUUGUUGCUGAGCUUAUGGAAACUAGCGCAAGUCUUCGUCUUUGGGUUUCGGUUGAUGCUGAAAAAUUUGCGGAAGCCCAAUUUCCACCAAACAUGCCAAUAACUCGAGAGAGAUUAAUUUUAAAAAAUAAAUUUGGCAACGUCUUGAAAUCCGAUUCGAAUGGAACUUAUUAUUCGUUAUCAUUGGAAAACGCCAAUCGAGAUGAUCGCGGUUACGUUGAUUUUGAAAAAAUGCAAGGCAUCCGAGGGAUUGCUUUGGCAAAUAUCGUUAGUAACGUUAAUGAAGUUAUUAUGGGAUCCAUUUGGAGUUUUUUGAAACGACCAAAAGUCGAUUCAGAUGACAAUAGAUAUGAAUGCGAUACAGAUGAAAACGAGAACGAUACGGAAGGUCGUUGCGCUUUACACUUGCAUAGCUUUACUGAACGUAGAAAUCCUAGCGAUUCUUUCAGUUCCUCUUCUGCUGUUGGUUUGAUGAUGGGCGUAGGAAAUGUUGGCGAAUAUCUUACUUCAUACUUUGACGGAGAUACUUUCCUAACUAGAGAUGCAGGUGUCACAUGGACGGAAAUUAAAAAGGGUGCUUAUAUGUAUGAAUUUGGAGACCAAGGUGGAAUCUUGGUGUUGGUUGAUGACGAGCGUGAAACAGACCGCGUAAUAUAUUCACUUAACGAAGGAGAUUCAUGGCAAGAAUAUAAGUUUCUUAAAAACAAAGAAAAACCGAUCAGAAUUAUAGAUAUUGAUAUCAAGCCAGGUGGAUUAAGCAGUAAAUUCAUAUUACGUGGGAUACUUCCAUCCGAUUAUAAUAAGGAAGUUAUAGUGCAUCUUGAUUUUACAAACGCCUUUCCACGAGACUGUAAAGACGAUGAUUUUGAACCUUGGUCACCAAGCCAUGCAAAUCAUGCAAAUUCAGAAGAUCAAUGUUUAUUCGGUCGCAAGAUUACGUAUCAGCGAAAGAAACCCGGGAUAGAAUGUUUCAUUAAAGAUAUUAAACCUGUUGAAGAAGGAAGUAAAUGUGAAUGUAAAAGACACGAUUUCGAAUGUGAUUAUAAUUACAUGCGUAACGCGACAGAUUAUUGCGUAUUGGUGUCUCCUGACGCAAAACCAUUAGUUCGUAGUAUUUCUGAACAAUGUGCUAAUGGUGAAGAAUUUUGGUAUGAAGGGUCUGGUUAUCGUAAACUUGCAAUAUCCAAUUGUACGGGAGGAUCCGUUAAUUAUACUGGUGAUAGUCAUCGUUGCCCGGGACACCAUUCCGCUUUAUUCUGGAUAUUUGUUGUAUUGUCGCCUUUCGUCAUUGUUGGAAUUUUGACAAUUUGCUUAAUUAACAAAAGACAUGAACGACAUAUUCGACUCGGAAGUUCUCUUGAACCUAAUUCUAUCCUAUCGUCUAUCAUUGAUAUAUUUUAUCAAAUCAAAAUACCAAGAUUUAUUUCAAGAUUAUGGUUUAAAGUCCCAUUACCGGGUCGCGGAUACCGUUAUUCACCUGUUGCUACAGAUGAUGGACAUGAAGUUUUAAUGGAUGAUUAUGAUCAUGAUAUCGAGGCUUCAUAA